AUGGCGUCCGUUGAAUCUGUUACCCAGGAAUCUCCGUCCAUGGCCCUGCCGGGCCUGGGCCGUGCAUUGGUGUCGGCUGGCAAGCUCGGGCAAAAGGCCGCAGAAGACCUCUACCGCAAGGCCCAGAGUGGCCGUUCCAGCUUCAUCGCUGAAUUGACGGGUUCAGGCGCCGUCUCCGCUGCAGACCUCGCACACACCAUGUCGGCGGCGUUCUCCGCCCCAUUGCUGGAUCUGGAUGCGAUCGAUGUGCAGCGUUUGCCCAGUGGUCUGCUGGACGCAAAAAUCUGCGCCGACUACCGCAUCGUCGUUCUGAGCAAGCGCAACAACCGCCUGAUGGUGGCCACGGCGGACCCCGCCGAUCAACAGGCGGCGGAAAAGAUCAAGUUCGCCACGCAAAUGGGCGUGGACUGGGUGAUUGCCGAAUACGACAAGCUCAGCAAGCUGGUGGAUGCGCAAACCACCAGCGUCACGGAGACCAUGGACAACAUCAUCGGAGGCGACUUCGAAUUCGAUGAAGCGUCCACCGAAACCGUGGUCACGGACGCGAACGACAAGGCUUCCGAGGUCGACGACUCGCCGGUGGUCAAGUUCCUUCACAAGAUGCUGAUCGACGUGUUCAACAUGCGCGCCUCCGACCUGCAUUUCGAGCCCUACGAACACACCUACCGUGUGCGUUUCCGGGUGGACGGCGAACUCCGCGAGAUCGCCUCGCCUCCUAUCGCCAUCAAGGACAAACUGGCCUCGCGCAUCAAG